GGGGUCCUCUGUCCCAUUGUCUCUUAUAACAGGGAGAUUGAAGUUGAAGGAGGUUGGCCAAGAUGCCAGAAGAGAUGGCGGACGGUGGGAGGAAGCUUGUGACUCUCGAUGACCUCAUCGAUGCCCUGGACAAGCGCGAGAGGGCGCCGAGCAAUGUCCCGAAGGUCGAGACAUUUCACUUCAAAGGGGAUCGGGUAUCUGAUUGGUUGGAUCUGACAGAGCAGGCGCUGGUGGGACUGUCAGAUGAGGUCAAGCUCCAGCCGGUCCUGAGGCCCACGCGGGGCACAUGGUCCCCUAUUCAGGCCCAUCCGCAAGUAUGGGCCCCCCGAGCUACCCGGCGAUUCAAAGCCAGCCCGUGGCUCAACCGCCGCCCUCCCAGCAGGCCUCGCAAGCUAGUGUGGUCGGGGGAGGAGGCCAAGGACAAGGCGGGCAGGGUAAUGGGGGCCGGGGCCAAGGAGGUAGAGGAGGGGGUGGCCGGGGCCGAGGAGGAAAUGGCGGAGGCCGUGGAGGAGGCUGAUAUGGUCAAGGGGGUCAGAACCAAGGUGGCCAAGGCAGCCAGGGAGGGGGCCAAGGACCUUUAYUCUGGGUAUGACCAGUUUCCUGUGUACCCACCGGAUAGGCCGGUGACGACGAUGCAUACGCCAAGGGGGUUGAUCCACAUGAACGUGGCGCCUCAGGGGUGGACUAAUGCGGUGGCGAUGGUGCAAAGCCACAUGAUUAGGGCCAUGCAGACGGUUAGUCCACAUAUCACUCAACUCUACAUUGACGAUUUGGCGGUCAAGGGUCCAAAGGAGAAAGAGGAAGAUGAAGUGAUGCCAGGAGUAAGGCGGUUCGUCUGGAAGCACGUCCAGGAUAUCGAUCAGGUUCUGGGUCUGCUGGAAGAACACAACCUGACGGYGAGMGGCCCCAAGUCRAAACAUUGUAUGAGGGAGGCCACGAUUCUGGGCUUUGUCURUAACGAGAAGGGGCGGAGGCCAGACGUGAAGAAAACGGAUAAGAUCCUAGAGUGYCCAGUCCCCUUCCARUCGAUAAUGGACGUGAGGAGCUUCCUUGGGACCUGCGAGUUUUGGAGGAGUUUUGUGAAGGACUUCGCCACCAAGACGGAGCAUUUGAGAAGCUGGAUGAAGAGAGAAUUCAAGGAAGGAGGUUUGGUGCUAGGAGCGCCAAACUACGAGGCCACGGAGGAAAAGCCAUUCAUUGUCGAGACGGACGCUGGGCCACCUGCCUUAGGAGAAGUCCUGAUUCAGGCGGAUGCGGAUGGGAAGGAGAGACCGCUAAGGUUUGAAAGUCGCACCCUCAAUACGACUGAGAGGAACUACUCCCAGUUUAAGAAGGAGACGUUGGCGGUACUCCACUGCCUAAGGGCCCUCCGAAACUAUAUCUUUGGCAGGAGGCUCAUUUUGAGGGUGGACCCUACCGCGCUGGCGUGUUCCCUGAAAAGUUAUACUCCAUCUGACCCAACCAUCGCGAGGUGGUUGACUUACAUUUGGAUGUUUAGCUUUGAGUUGGAGAGGAUUCCCGGGGACAAGAACAGGGCAGAUGGGCUGAGCCGUAUCAACUGGGAUGGGGCGGGCAAAGAGUCAAUUGAGGAUACCCCGCCAAUUGACGGGUUCCUGGAUCAGGAAGAGGAUGUCCGCCUCCACAUAAAUGAAUGGUCGCUAAGGGUGCCUAGCUGCGUCACGCAUCCUAUAUGGCUAGCACCAAGGGGGUACGAGGAGAAGGAGGAAUUGGUCCUCAAGCCUUUCCAGGAGGAAGAUCCGUGGGGGAGUAGGGAUGUUGGYUGGAUGAUGAGGUUGGCAUUGGCAGGGACACAUGGUCUAGUGGAGGAGGUAAGGACGAUAGAGGAAGGUCCAACCCAGGUAGAGGAGCAUGAGCAGCUAAUGGGAGGAAUGUACUUGCUCACCAACAUGCUUCUGCAGGGGAACUUUGGCCAGAGGAGCGCAGCUAACUCCGAAGAGGGCGARAUUCUCAUUCCUGAGAGCCAGAACGAYGAGUUCGAAGAGGGAGAGAUUAGGGAGGCCUUCCAUGCCGAGGAGUAUGAAGGAAUUUAUCAGGAGUUGGGGUUACUGCUGUUGUGCGAAAUGAGGGAUAGGGACGCAAGUGCUAAGGCCCAGAAGAUGAGGCAUCUCUACGUAGUGAGAGAUGACCAUUUGUUUAUAAAGCGACAGGUUGGGAACCCCAAGAGGAUCGUAUGUGGGAGGAACCGGMAGAUCRAUGUCAUAGCAGCCUUACACGAUGGUAUAGCAGGGGGGCACAUAGGGGUUAGUGCCACGUGCGCAAAGAUAAGUGAGCUAUACCAUUGGGAUGGAAUGCUGACUAUGGUCAUCAAGUACUGYCAGUCUUGUGUACCCUGCCAACAGAGGUCUGACUUUUCGAAGACAGUCAUGCAGAGGGGCGGAAGGGACACACGGCCACGCCAGGGGCCCYAGAGGAUGGRRGGAAGAGGCGAGCAGCAUGAGCCGCCUAGGAGGGAGCCUACGCCURAGUUUGAUGAUGACAACAUUGAGCUUUUCUUGGACGUAUAUCGGGAUCAUGCGGCACAAAGAGGGUGGUCAGUGGCGGAGAGGAUUCACCACUUGAGGGGUAUAGGGCGGUUCGAGGAGCCUGUCGCUCAGAUAUGUGAGGAGGCCCUGACUUGGCCGGACGUGGAAGCCGGGAUGCAGAAGUUGAGAGCUUUCCCUAGGGGGCGUGAUCGCAUGCCCAUUCGAUUGGAGGAGGGGAAUGCAGAUGAGUUCAUCCCCGCAUAUGAGCACUACAUGUUGAAUCUGGGGGUUGCGCGGGAGGAAUGGGUGCAGGCUAUACUUAUCUGGACGAGGCAGGCAAAGAGGGAGGUGGCCACGCAGAUUCGGGAAAGGGCCCGAGACUGGGAGGACUGUCAGGCCCAACUCAGGAGGGCGUUCGGACGGCCACAACACGAGAGGCACGAGCCCAGAGUUGAGAGGCGGCGACGAAGCAAGAGGCCAAGGGAACCGGCACCGAGAGAGGCGGGGCUGGCCAGAGAGAGGAGGGGAGCCCCAGCCCAGCGGGAGGAUAACCCUGCAGGGCCCGCAUUGGCAGAGGAGGCGUUCCCUGCUUGUGGCCUCCGAGCGGUUGAGUUUCGGCGGAUUACGAGCGAGGAGUUGAGGCCGCCCUCGCCACUGCCAUCAACGCAGGAGCUGGACAUACCAAGAGAGCCGCCAUUCCGAAGCUUAGCGACUCAUCUCGAUGUAUCCCAAUGGGAGGCCUCACGGCUUGGAGAGGGUUCAGUUGAGUCGGCAUGCUACGUGCCAUUGGAGGAGCCCCUCGACCCCGAGAUGGAGACAAACAUGCGAGACCGAGAGGAGCCGCAGGAUCCUCAGAUGGCAGCUGAGCGGCCGGAUCCGGUGCGACCUCAGGGUAGAGAGGUGAUCACGGUUGGGGACGAUACCCCUCCAUGCUUCCCAGCUCCAGAGCCAGCACAACGUUCAUGGCCAGAGGGGAUUCCUGAGCCAGGCAAUGAGGAGAUCCCGGAGUUUCCCCCUGAGGCCACCACUAUACCUGAGCAGGAGGCAGAGGCGGAGGACCAAGGUAUGUGUGAGAGAGCGAGAAUGGAGGCGCCCCUUGACUUGCCCUUGGCCACGCAGGUGACCAAGAGCCCGGAUAUCGAGGAGCCCGUUUCAGCAGAGUUACCGCCAGUAGUGCCGCGCGCGAGCGAAGGGAUGGAGGCGGAGGCGUCGACUCCAGGAGGCCAGGGGCCGCGAGUGGAAGGAACUCCAAGAGAGACCCGCGAAGAGAAGUCCGCCCGAGUGCGGGUCCGUCUGGACGAGAUAUACGCAAGACAGGCUGAGAUGGAGGCGGCAUGGAUAAAGCCGACACCGCCGGUUGAGCUCAAGACGAGUGAGCAGAGGAUCGACGAGUUGUGGGCUAGGCAGGCGAUUGAGCGCAUGGAUCGGAGGGUAUGUGAGACGACAGUCACAUCUUUCCAGUGGUAUAAUCUACUCAUCAAUGAGCUUAGGGUCAAAGAGUUGGAGGUGGAGCACCUGACUACUCAGCUUGCCGAGGAGAGGGUGAGAAGCCAGGCUAGAGAGGUUGAGUGGGAGAGGAGAUUUGGGGAGAUGGCGGCCGCUGUGGAUAGGCUCUCGGCAGCCUGGGAGGCUAGCCAGGUGGGGCGAGCCGGUGCCGAUGGCCAGGGCCGGGGGAUGCGCGCCUCGCCGAGCCAAGGAGCAGCAGUGGAGGUCCCCCGACAGAGUGAGCCGAUGGAGGAGGUGCCCUUGGACGCAGUUGAGGWGGAAGGUGGUGCGCAGGAGUCGCUUAUGGCUAUGUCCACGGAGAGGWGAGGUUCGCGCUUGCAUGAGCUGGCGRCAGCCAUGGGGAUAGGYACUCCACAGGAGAGGCCUCAGAGGCUCGACACUCAAGAGGAUGCUCCGAGAUUGGGAAAGUUGAGGACGGAGCUGSGUUCCUGGGCCACGGARACGGACUCCGGGGAGCCUGACUCGMGGYGACAAYAGYAGCAGGAGGUCAUGAGUGAGCCCACCGCUAUGGGGGGCCCUCARCCGUCAGGGGUAUGCAGGGAUGAGGYGGUGGUGACAGAGAGGGCUCAUGAGGAGGGACCCCGAGAGUUGGGCACGCCGGGCUGCAGGCCAGUGAGCACGACCAUACGAGAGGGUGGGGGUGCUGAGGCUAUGGAGCAUGGACCUCAGGGCCAUGUGGGGUUGCCCUCGUGUCAUGAGGUGACUACUGAGACCAUGGGGACGCCUUCGGCAUCGAGUUCGCAGGGGAGAAAGAAGAAGACUGUCAGAUGGCACGAUGCCUCCUGUUUCUGGUGCAAGGAGGAAGGGCAUAGAGCCAUGGACUGCCCAGAACUCCUCGAAGAUAAGGCCGAGGGGCGAGUUGCGGAGUUCAACGACAAGUUCUAUGACAGGCAGGGCAGGAUAAUAGAGCGAGCUCCAGAUGGGGGCAGGGCUCAAUUAUAUAGGAAAAACUAGGAGGAAUUAUGUAAGUAGGGAUCGGUCUGUCUAUAUAUUGAUAGGACUAGAGAUCCUUGACACACACAGGGCGGGGUUAGGGGUGUACAUACCUUGAGUCAG